AUGGGUUGGUUCUGGGCCGAUACUCCUGCGACAACCGUCCACGCGACCUUCGCCUCAUCGCAUCCCCAUGGCGCCGCCAUCCCAGCCGGUACUCCUCCUCCCAGCUGCCCGAUGCACCAAAAGACCGCCGAUGCCUUGACCACGACCGCGAAGCCCGUCGCACCCGCACCUCCUUCCGCCUGCCCAGUUCCUCACGACCAGCGUCACGCCGCAGCUGCUCCUCCUCCCUCAGCAUGCCCCGUCCCCCACGACCAACGAGAGUCCGCACCGCCAGCAUCAUGCCCGGUACCUCACGACGCACCAAAGCCCGAGCCAAAGGGCUUCCUCCAGCAGAUCAACCCCCUGAACUACAUGUUCAAAGAAAUCUCCCAGGCCCCCGCCGAGAAUCAAGCCGUCGCCCUGCCCACAGAGAGAGAGCCCUCGACGAUACCCAGGGGAUCCGGCGACGGCAAUUGGGAGUACCCCUCGCCGCAGCAGAUGUACAACGCCCUUCUGCGCAAGGGAUACACCGACACCGACAUCACCGCCGUGGAGUCCAUGGUCUCGGUCCACAACUUUUUGAACGAGGGCGCCUGGGCCGAGAUUGUGAGCUGGGAGGAGCGCUUCGGAAAGGGCUUGUACAGGGGCUGGCAGGCCUGUAAGCGCGGAGAGGAGAACUCGGAUGACAUGGUCGAGAAGCUCAAGGACGGGACGGAGACGCCCCCGACUCUGAUCCGGUUCCAGGGACGUCCAAAGGACAUGACGCCCAAGGCAGUCAUGUGGCAGGUCGCUGGCUGGCUCUACCCUUCCAAGUUUGAGACUGAGCCUCCCUUUGACCGACACGACUGGUUCGUCUCCCGCAAGGUCGGCGGCGUCGAGAAGGAGAUCCGAUACGUCAUCGACUACUACUCUGGCGAGCCCGAACCCACCGGUGAACCCGUCUUUUACCUCGACGUCCGCCCCGCCGUCACACCCCUCGGCGCCGCGGAGCGGCUCAUUAGGUGGGGAGGCGACGUGUGGUGGCGGGCCUCUGGUGCCGAGGUGCGCGAGCAGGAGCAGCUGGCGAAGCAGUUGGCCCCGAAGUGA